UUCUUUUCUCUAUGUUAUGUUCUUUCUUUUUCUUUGUUUCUGUCUCAGUACACGUGUAUGUUUUCUUAACUCUAAUGGGUGGUGGAGAAUUCUGAUCAAUUUGGAUAAAAUUUGGUCAUUUUUUAAGGGUCUAUGUUGUUUUUCCUAGUCUUCUAUGUUGUAGUUGAGAUACAGGUUUUCUUUUAAGUUUGGUUUGAAUAUUGAAUAGCUUUUAAUCUUUUGAUAACUUGACAGGAAGUUGUGAUCAAGUUUAGUGUGAAAAAAAGGCUGAAAGUUUGAUUUUGAAAUUGGUUCCUUGUGGUUAGCUCUGACUUUUGAAAUGAGUUUUGAGUUAACAUGGUGAUUUUGGAGGUGCAAGAGUGUAAAUCAUGUUGGAGGAGUCCUCUGUUUCAUGGAUUUGAUGUACCUGGCCUACAUGCAACUCUAGUUGGAUAACAAUGGAGGGUUCUUCUGGGUCUGGUUUCCAUAAUUCUGACAGUUCUAGGGCACUGAAUAGUUCUGGAGUCUCUGACAGGAAUCAAAGGCCUCAUUGUCCUGAAGGAAACCCCUUCUCUGGUGAGGCAGCAUCACAUGAUUCUGGUUUUAGAAAGGAAAGGGAUUGGCUUCUGUUGGCACAAGGUGACCAGCAUAAGAGCCUAGGUGGGUUUUGUGAGGAUGAGGUGGAGGCUGAUCCUCUUAUUUGUUCUGUUGAAUGGGGUGAUAUUAGCUUGAGGCAAUGGUUAGAUAAACCCGAACGAUCCGUAGAUCUGUUCGAAUGCUUGCAUGUGUUUAGGCAAAUUGUAGAGAUUGUUAAUGUAGCGCAUUCUCAGGGAGUUGUAGUUAACAAUGUGAGGCCUUCAUGCUUUGUCAUGUCAUCUUUCAACCAUAUCUCAUUUAUUGAAUCAGCAUCUUGUUCGGAUACCGGCUCGGAUUCUUUAGGAGAGGGAGUGAACUGCCAAGGUGUAGUAGAGGUUAAAACUCCAACAUCUCGCUGCCCACACGAUGUGCAUCCGCAGAGUUUCGGAAGUGAAGACUUUAUGCCUGCCAUGAUUUCAACAACUGCUCUUUCAGAUUCUAGCUGCAUGCUGUCAAGUGCUGUGUAUGCUGCUCGUGCAUCGUUAAUAGAAGAAACAGAAGAGAACAAAAUGAAAGAUAGGAGGAAGGAUGAAGAAGUAGAAGGAAAGAAGCAAUCGUUUCCGAUGAAACAGAUACUGCUAAUGGAGAUGAGUUGGUACACUAGUCCUGAAGAGGCUGCUGGUACUCCUAGUUCAUGUCCUUCCGAUGUUUAUCGAUUGGGAGUUCUCCUUUUUGAGCUAUUCUGCCCACUCAGCUCAAGAGAAGAGAAAAGUAGAACCAUGUCUAGCCUCAGACAUAGAGUUCUUCCUCCACAGAUACUUCUAAAGUGGCCUAAAGAAGCUUCAUUUUGCUUAUGGUUACUACAUCCAGACCCAAAUAGUCGUCCAACCCUGGGGGAGUUGUUGCAGAGCGAGUUUCUUAAUGAACAGAGAGAUGAUAUGGAAGAACGUGAAGCAGCAAUAGAGCUUAGGGAAAGGACAGAAGAUCAGGAGUUGUUGCUAGAAUUCCUUUUGUUACUUCAACAGAGAAAACAGGAAAUUGCAGAGAAGUUGCAACAUACUAUCUCUUUUCUGAGUUCAGAUAUUGAAGAAGUGACCAAGCAGCAAACUAGAUUUAAAGAGAUUACUGGUGAUGAUCGUUCAGCUUCAAGUUUCCCAUCCAUGACAAUUGUCGACAGCAAGGAUUCGGCUCAUAUAGGAACUAGAAAACGAGUCAGACUAGGGAUGCGUGUUAAAAAUAUUGAUGAAUGUGAGGAUAACAUAGGUGAUGAUGAGAUAAAUCAGGGAAGUUUUCUUUCAAAAAGUUCACGGCUAAUGAAAAACUUCAAGAAACUGGAGGCAGCGUACUUUCUAACAAGAUGCAGACCAGCCUACUCAGCGAAACCGGUGGUUAGACAUUCUGCGAUAGCAAAUGAUGGUAGAGGUUCUUUUGCUGCUACUGAAAGAAGUUUCAUCAAUAACAUAUCAUCAAAAGAACAGGGAAGGGAUGGUACAAGUGCUUGGAUAAAUCCUUUCCUUGAGGGUUUGUGCAAGUACUUAUCUUUCAGUAAGCUGAAGGUUAAUGCAGACCUGAAGCAAGGAGAUCUUUUACAUUCUUCCAACUUAGUAUGCGCACUCAGUUUCGAUCGAGAUGGAGAGUUUUUUGCUACUGCGGGUGUGAAUAAGAAAAUCAAAGUGUUCGAAUGUGAUACAAUCAUAAAUGAGGAUCGUGAUAUCCACUAUCCAGUAGUGGAGAUGGCUAGCAGGUCAAAGUUAAGCAGCAUAUGUUGGAACACAUACAUCAAAAGUCAAAUUGCUUCAAGUAACUUUGAAGGUGUUGUACAGUUAUGGGAUGUGACAAGAAGUCAAGUACUGUCUGAGAUGAGGGAGCAUGAACGGCGGGUGUGGUCCAUAGAUUUCUCAUCAGCGGACCCGACAAUGUUGGCAAGCGGAAGCGAUGAUGGUUCCGUUAAGCUAUGGAGUAUCAAUCAGGGAGUUAGUGUCGGUACCAUCAAAACGAAGGCGAAUGUAUGCUGUGUUCAGUUCCCUCUGGAUUCUGCUCGUUUCCUUGCAUUUGGUUCUGCGGAUCACCGGAUAUAUUACUAUGACCUCCGCAACUUAAAAGUGCCACUUUGUACUUUAGUUGGACAUAAUAAGACUGUGAGCUACAUCAAGUUUGUAGACAAUGUGAACCUUGUGUCUGCAUCCACAGAUAACACUUUGAAGCUCUGGGAUUUAUCUACGUGUUCAUCUCGUGUUAUAGACUCUCCAAUUCAAUCAUUCACGGGUCACAUGAAUGUUAAGAACUUUGUUGGAUUAUCAGUAUCUGAUGGUUAUAUUGCUACUGGUUCAGAGACAAAUGAGGUGUUCAUAUACCACAAGGCUUUCCCCAUGCCAGUAUUGCAGUUCAAGUUUCAGAAUACAGAUCCACUUUCAGGGCAUGAAGUGGAUGAUGCUUCACAAUUUGUGUCCUCAGUUUGUUGGCGCGGUCAAUCCCCAACCUUGCUUGCUGCAAACUCCACUGGGAAUGUCAAAAUUCUGGAGAUGGUUUAAGUUAACCUUUCUACACAGCAAUCUACAUAUUAUGAUAGAGUUUUCUGUGUAAGAUGAGGAGACACAAACACAAUCUUUGUUAUACAGAGGGGUAUACAAAUUCCUUCAUAAUUACUUGAAAUUUGUAACAUAACAAAUUUUUGCCUUAUUAGAUCAUAGCGGAAGCAGUUAAAAAAAAGAAGAGUGAGAUUGAUCUCUUGACAAAAAAAAGGUCCUGUAGAUCAAGUGCUACAUGGGAAAAGUUAAAUGUCCAAAAUCUAUUUUAUGAUCCUUAUUCAAUUUUAUAUAUUCAUUUACCUA